UCCAAAAAGGCGAGAUAGUCAUCAUCAUCUUUCUGCAUUUGUUUUUGUUUAGAAGCGAAUAAUUGGCGAAUGUACGUGCAAAUUGUUAUAAUUCGAGAUUUGCAAGUUUAAAAUCCAUUCGUGCUUGGCAAUUGUAGUUGGCGCGACAGAUCCAUAGAAUAUGUUAAUUGUAAACAAAUUUUUAUGAGAUGCACUAUAGAUUUCUUCUUUGUGAUAAAGGAUAUAAAAAGUAAUCAGGAAGGAUACUAGAAGUUUAUCAUGGCUGAGUUGCAUUAUACAGACUCAAAAUUUGAUCCUGGAUCUGAGAAUGAAAAACGCAACCUUCCUAGUUCACCUGGCCCAUCGUUAAAUUUUUCAUUUUCUAGGACAUCAUCUACAGGCUCGAUAGACUUGCUAACCUCUUCAUCAGCCCAUAAUACGGAUGAUGAAGAUAGUGAUCAAAAGUCUACUUUAAGUUAUAAAGAACGCAGACGUGAAGCUCACACUCAAGCUGAACAAAAGAGAAGAGAUGCCAUCAAAAGAGGUUAUGAAGACUUGCAGUCCCUUGUUCCAACUUGCCAACAACAAGAUAGUAUUAGUAGCUAUAAACUAAGCAAAGCUACAAUUCUUCAAAGAUCUAUUGAUUAUAUUCAGUUUCUCAUUCAACAAAAGAAGAAACAAGAUGAAGAACUGGUUGCAUUACGAAAAGAAGUUAGAGCCUUAGAAAUCAUGAAAACAAACUAUGAAGCAAUUGUUAAGGUUCAUCAAAGCCAACCCAGCUCAAAUUCAAAUAAAGUUAGUGAUGAAAUGAAGUUUCAAGUGUUUCAAGCAGUGUGUGAUUCCUUGUUUCAAUCUUUCAAUUCAUCAGUAUCUGUUGCAAAUUUUGCUGAAUUGUCUGCUUGUGUAUUUAGUUGGCUGGAAGAAUAUUGUAAGCCUCAAACAUUGCAAGAAAUGAUGAUAAAUUUGCUUUGUCAACUGAAUAAUCAAAUCACCUAAAUGUACUGGUCAGUUGUACAAUGCGAUGCAAAUAUUUUUUUAAUUGAUUUGUAAAUCUAAAGAUGUGCAAUGAUGUUUCUGGUCUGUUAAAACUUCAGAUUUUUAUAUUCACUUAUAGCAAUUUUUGUCAUUUAAAAUGUGAUACCUUACAGAAAGAAUUAAAAUGAAUUUUGUUAUUUUUUUAAAACUAUAUUCUUGUUCUUUUGGAUUCUGUUGUGUUUGACCAUUUAUGUUAUUUAAAAAAAUCUCUUCUAAAUUCUGUUAUUAUAAUAAAAACUUCAAAAUGUUGACAUAAUUUAUUAUAGCAUUAUUAUAUACUCUACUAUCCCUUAUAUCCUUAUAAGAAUUUUAUUAUACCAUUAUUAUAUAUUCUACAAUCUUGGUUGGAUUUGUUAAUCUUUCAGUCUAUUUUCUUAAUUGCUUUUCUCUAUUAUUUCUUAAUCUAUUUUAACACCUUAUUCUAUUUGCAUUAGGCUUUUUUUCCAAAUGUUGAUUAAAUUGAGAUUGUGUCUGUACCAAAGCUCGAAAAAAAAUUUUAAACUUGUAUUUAUACUUGUAUUUUAAACUUAUGCUUCAAUAUUUAAUUCACGAAAUUAAUGUUUACAUAGAAAAGUCUGUUUUUUUUUUUGUCAUAUCGAAAUUUUAUGCUCCUGAACUGUAGUUUUUAACCUGUCAUAUUUUUGUUACAAUCAGAUGCUAUAAUUUGUCUCUUAUGUUUUAUUUUGUCUUCAAAAUCGAAAUCUGGUAAGCAAUGUUUGAGCAAAGAAAUAUUUAUUUUGUAGAAUUGUAAUUGUCUGUUGCAGCGUAGCAUGUAAUUGCCUAUUUCAUUUAAACAGAUUUAUAUGAUGAUAAAGUAAAUAGCAAAUCGAUGCUCUUUUAAAUUUCUUAUUUUAAAAAAAGUAAUUUCUAAGGAAAUGUACCUUUGUUUUACACAUCAGUAUAAAAUCUCUUCAUAUUAUUACUCUUAUUAAAAUAAGCAUUUAGUCAAAUCAGCAAUAUUUUUUUUUGUCUACUUUCAUUGCUAAAUAUUUGUUUCAAUUUUUCUUUUUUUAAAAAAUGUUUUUGUAUUAUAUUUUAAAUCUUAGUGUAUAUUUUUUCUAUGAUAUUUAAAGAAAUCAAUCAGAAUUAUUGAUGCCUGGAAGUAAAUGUAUUUAAUUUGUAAAAAACAAGCAUUUUCACUGUAUCAACUCCUUUAGUAUAAUUAUUUAUAGUUUGAUUCUAUAUUAAUAUUUGUAUAUAUUAUAUUCGUUAGAAAAUAAUAUUUUAAAUAAUGAAAUGUUCUUAAAUCGUACAGUAUCAUGUAUUUGAAAAUAUUAUAUAAAAAAAAAACUUUUAUUUCUCAAUAAAAAGUAUUUAGUUAAAAUGUAACACUUAUUCUAAAGUUUCUUUUACAAAUUUUAAUUGGAUAGAGUUGUAACUGUUUACAGAUAUACUUCAUAUUGCAA